AUGGACCCUCUGUUCAACACCACGGAGUUUAACGGCACCGGGAAUAACAGCUCCGGUAACGGCAGCGACGGGUUGAACCAGUUCGUGCAGCCGGUGUGGCAGAUCGCUCUGUGGGGGGUGCUGUACUGCAGCAUGGUGGCGGUGUCCGUGGUGGGAAACAUGGUGGUCAUCUGGAUCAUUCUGGCACACAAACGCAUGAGGACCGUCACCAACUACUUUCUGGUGAACCUUGCGUUUGCAGAAGCCUCCAUGUCUGCCUUCAACACGGUGAUCAACUUCACGUACGCCGUGCACAACGAGUGGUACUUCGGUCCGAUCUACUGCCGCUUCCACAACUUCUUCCCCAUCGCUGCCAUCUUCGCCAGCAUCUACUCCAUGACGGCCAUCGCUCUGGACAGGUACAUGGCGAUCAUCCGGCCCCUGCAGCAGAGGCUCAGCUCCACAGAGACCCGGAUGGUGGUCCUGGUGAUCUGGACCCUGGCUCUGCUGCUGGCCUUCCCUCAGUACCACUUCUCCUCCAUCGCCGCGCUGCCCGGACGCACCGUCUGCUACAUCGACUGGCCCGAGUACAGCAGCCUGGACUUCAGGAAGCUAUACUACGUGUGUGUGACAGUCCUGAUCUACUUCCUGCCGCUUUGCAUCAUGGGAUGUGCGUACACCAUCGUGGGCGUCACCCUCUGGGCGAGCGAGAUCCCCGGAGACUCGUCCCAACGCUACAAAGAACAGCUGAUCGCAAAACGCAAGGUGGUGAAGAUGAUGAUGGUGGUGGUGUGUACCUUCGCUCUCUGCUGGCUCCCCUACCACGUCUACUUCCUGCUCCACGAGUUCUUCCCCGAACUCUUCGAGCAGCGCUACAUCCAGCAGGUGUACCUGGGCGUCAUGUGGCUGGCCAUGAGCUCCACCAUGUACAACCCCAUCAUCUACUACUGCCUCAACAGCAGGUGGGAGCUUCACCUGCUGUCAACCAUCCUGUUAAACAUCUGCUCAAAGAUU